AUGUUCAGAAUGUGGCAAAAGCUUCUCUUGGAUGUCAUCCCUAGUGACGCACAAGAGGACACACCCUUGGGGAGAAGCCUUUCUCCUGCAAGCAGUGUGGGAAAAGAUUUUCUGAUUACUCUGGUAUUAUCAAACAUCGAAGAAGCCACACGGGGGAAAAACCUUAUUCUUGCCUCAUGUGCGGUGAACGCUUUGCACAGACUUAUCAACUAG